UACCCGAAGCAACAAACUUUAUUCCGCUUGAAGGAACGAGAUCAGAGCACGGCCCAACAACCGCUGUACGGCUGUCGGGUGCGGCCGAAAGACGUGUGCUCCACCUUGGUCAAGUGGAUCCUCAGGGAUAAGCUACAGUUCGACGUGGUCAUGAUUGGCACCCUAGCCGAAAAUCAGUUUAUUUAUCCAUUGCUUGCACAGCUUCCGAUCCACAAGCUCUGCUCCAAAGCCGGCUCCCUCUUCAUCUGGGCUUCGGCCCAAAAGAUUCAGGAACUUUCAAGCAUUCUCAACAGCGCCUCCUGGAGUAAGCAAUUUAGACGGUCUGAGGAGUUGGUCUUUAUGGCUAUCGGACAGGAUUCGCCGCUCUAUCCGGGGCCGGUUCCAGAUUCCACCGCGGAGCCGGUCCAAUGGCAUUGUUGGAUGUGUGUGACACAGUCUGCUAAAAUGUCUCUGGAUUACCGGCUGGUCAACUGCCACAUUGAUACAACCAGCACCGUCUCCUCGUCCUUUGAACCCAAAUCAUGCAUCCCUAGCCAGCUAUACAAGGUAGCUGAAAGCUUUUCCACCAAGGAACGAAGACUCCACAUUAUCCCCUCGCAUAUCGGAGGCCAAACACCGAUCAAACUAAGACCAGGAUGGGUCAUUUUGGCGCCUGACGUCACCCAGGACAAUUUCCGAGCAUCGACGUACAUGGAGAGUACGCGGGGCUUGUAG